UUGAGGCGUUGUGGCGGCUGGCGCAGAGACGGAGACCGAGACGGAAAAGGAGGCCGAAGUCGAGGCCCCGGAGUCCCCCAGCACAGUCAGGGACCAGGCGAAAGAGCCAGAUAGGCCCUUGCCCUUCCCCAUCCUGGUGGCCCUCCUCUGUACACUUUCCAGGUUAUCAAUGUGCUUCCUAACCUGUGGUACUCCAGAGGGCAUCUGACCAAAGCCAGAGACAGCUGGACCGUCCUGUGUAUUCCUGGAAGCAUUGCCCCACUGAGGGCAGCCCAGGAUCAUGGGAACUUGCAGGCCACUAGCACCCCCAGAUCUUUUUAUACCAGGUGAGGGCAUGGAGCUCCCAGAGACAUCACAUGUUAGGGUGCCUGUGGUAGACGUGCAGGUAGACAACUUCAAGGACAUGUGGCCUUCCAUCCUACUGGCAAUCAAGACAGCCAGCUUUGUAGCUGUGGACACGGAGCUGAGCGGUCUUGGGGAGAGGAGAAAUUUGCUGAAUCAUUGCAUCGAAGAGCGAUAUAAAGCUGUGUCCCGAGCAGCCCGAUCACGUUCUAUCCUCUCCCUGGGCCUGGCUUGCUUUAAGAACCAAAGGAACAAGGGGGAGCACAAUUACCUUGUGCAAGUGUUUAACCUCACUCUGCUGUGCAUGCAAGAGUAUGUCAUCGAGCCGCAGUCAGUGCAGUUCCUGGUGCAGCACGGCUUUGACUUCAACCGCCAGUACACGCAAGGCAUUCCUUACCACAAAGGCGACGACAAGGGGGAUGAGAGCCGCAGCCAAGGAGUCCGGAUGCUGUUCCUGGAGCUGAUCCGCGCCCGCCGGCCGUUGGUGCUACACAAUGGACUGAUCGACCUGGCCUUCCUCUAUCAGAGCUUUUACGCUCACCUGCCAGACAAGCUGAUCACUUUCACUGCUGACCUCUUUGAGAUGUUCCCAGCUGGGAUCUAUGAUACCAAGUAUGCUGCGGAGUUCCACGCCCGCUUUGUGGCCUCCUACUUGGAGUAUGCCUACAGGAAGUGUGAACGAGAGAAUGGGAAGCAGCGAGCUGCCGGAGCCCCCCACUUGGUCUUGGAGUUCUGCAGCUAUCCAUCCAGCAUGGACGCCCACAUUGACUACCGCUGCUGCCCCGUGUCCGAGGCCCACACCCAACUGAGUCCCAACCUCUCCACCUCUAACAUCUGUGAUACCUUCUCUGCCUACGGCUGGUGUCCUCUGGGCCUACAGUGCCCUCAGUCCCAUGAUGUUGACCUCAUCAUCAGCACAGAUGAGGCCAUGGAGGACAAAAGGAAGCGGCGAGGGGGCCGGCGGAGGAAGCGGUGGAAGGGACUGCCAGGCCAGCCUGGGCCCGUGCCUGGGGAGGGGCCAACCCCCCAAAAACAGACCUGCAGGGAAGGCCAGGGGGCUGAAGUGGAGGAUGGAGCCAACCCUUUAGAGAGCGAGGCUGAGGACAUGUCUUUGUCUGGCCUAGAGCCGUGCUCCAGUGAGGACUUGGAGCCCGAGCCAGAGCUGGACUUAGAGCCUGGGCAAGGAGCCGGGCAGAGCUCUGGGUCUCGAGGGGCCACUGUGGGAGGGGGGCUACACCGUGCUGGCUUUGAUGCCUUCAUGACAGGCUAUGUCAUGGCCUACGUGGGGGUGAGUGGGGGUGCGGAGCCCUGCAGUGAGCCUUGGUUGCCAGAGUGCCACAAUAAGGUGUAUCUGAGUGGCAAGUCUGUGCCCCUGCCCAUAGCCAAGAGCCACUUCUCCAGGACCUCCAAAGCCCACAGUGAGAAGAUGAAGCUGGCCUGGGGCAGCAGCUAAGCCAAUCUCCUUCCUGCCCAGCUCCCAGGCCUUCAGGCAGGAGGCUGGGCCCCUGGACUUCUCUUCUCUGACUGGCCCUCGCACCCUCCCCACAUACAUGUGGAAGAGUGUUGUGGUUAGCACCUGGAUCGGGACAGUUAAAGCCUGAGGUGACAGAGGCUUGUGGCCCAUUCUGGCCAACUGGAGAGAGGAGAGCAGGACUCCUGUGGACAGCACCCCCUUCCUGGGGGCCCAAGAAAGCCAAGUCUGACCAGUUACCUGCAACUCUUUUAAUUUUUAAAUCUGAAAGCAACUUGGCAAAGUUUUACAAAAAAAAAGAAA